GAUACUUUUUCUCUUUGUAUCAUUCAUAAAGUAAAGCCAACAGAUAAAGCCAACCCACAAACCAACUAAAACAUUCUUUCUUACACUAAGGACCAGCCACCAGCUUCAAGGAGGUUGAAGAAGCAUGGAAGGAAUAUCUGGGAAUUCUUCAUGCACAGCAAGGCCAGUGUUGGAGAAGAAAGCAAGGCCACAAGAGCAAUUGAACUGUCCAAGGUGCAAUUCAACCAACACAAAGUUUUGUUACUAUAACAAUUAUAGCCUCACUCAGCCCAGGUACUUCUGCAAGACUUGCAGAAGGUACUGGACUGAGGGAGGCUCUCUUCGCAACGUCCCUGUUGGUGGCGGUUCAAGGAAGAAUAAGAAGAUCAUCUCAUCAUCAGCUUCUUCUUCUUCUUCUUCUCUAUCGUCAUCUUCUGUACCAAAGGUUCCAGAUUUGAACCCACCACAAAACCCUAAUAAUAAAAUGAUGCAAGGAGGAGGGCAUGAUCUCAAUUUAGCUUUUCCAGCUAUGGACAACUUUCAUCAUCAUGCUUUGUCUGCAUAUGUUGAGAUUCCGAAACUCGAAACCGGAGGAGGAGGAGGAGGAGGUGAUGGAUCUUCUUCUACUGCUGCUGCUGCUGCUGUUGCUCCAAGUUCUCUAUCAGCGAUUGAGUUGCUAAGGUCUUCUGGGAUGGCUGCUCCUUAUGUCCAUUCUUCAUUGAUGCCAAAUUCAAAUGCUCUUUACCCUUCUGGGUUUCCCAUGCAAGAGAUUAAGCCCAGUCUUGGGUUUUCUUUGGUUGAUGGUGGGCAAGUAGAGAAUAAUGAUAAUCAUAAUAAUGGGAGGCUUCUGUUCCCUUUUGGAGUUGACCAAAACAACAAACAACAAGCUGGGAACAAUUCAACUGGGUAUUGGACUGGUAUUAUUGGUGAAGGCUCAUCAUGGUAAUUAGUUAUUAAUUAAGAAGAAAAUUAAUGAUGACAAUCAUGCAAUGCAUUCAUCUCAUCUUCUUAAUUAUAUAUAAUCUGCUUGAAAUUGUUCAGAGAGAAGCUAACACAGUAGUAGGAUAAUAUAUAUGGUUAUUAUUAAUUACUUGCUCUUAAUUUGUAUACAUUUGCUAUUUCAACAAUGUGAGCGUUUUACUCUUGGUUUGUUUUUCCUUUCUUGAAAUGUUUUUACAUAGAGAGAUAGAUAGAUAGAUAGAAGAAUAGCUGAAUAUAGGUCAUGCUUUAAUUUGCCCCAGGACAUGCAACUUGUAUUCAUGAAUUCUUCUGUCAGAAGUAGAUCAAUCAACUUUAUUCAUGUAUGCUUUCAAAGAUUUGGUCCAAAUGACUUUUGAGUUUUGAUCA